GGGCGGCGGGGUUACGUGGCAGCCGGCGAGGGAGGGAGGGAGGAGUGCGCGGCACGGCGGGGAGGGGGCGGGGGGCGAGGCCCGGCCGCCACAGCCGAUCCCCCGCUCUUUGUGUGCGCGGCCCCGCCGGCACUACGGCUCCCGGCGGGCGGCGCGGCGGGAAGGGAAGAGGGGAAGGCAGCGGUGACGUGUCCUUAGGGCCGCCGCUCGGGUCCCCCCGCCCGCGGAGCAUCCCGCGGCUGCCGGCGGCUCCAGGCGCCGCGCGGCUGGGCUGGGCACCCCGCCGCCUCCUCCCGUCGCGGAGAUGCGCCGCGGUUCGGCAGCGGCGGAGGGGAGCCCUCCCUGCGGCCUGAGGGCCGGCCCUGCUGCAGGCCCUCCGCUCUCUGGGCCCCCAUGUUGAAUGCAGAUGCUUUAAAACGCGCCUUUUCGGCGCUGGAAAGAUUACAGCAAAAGCAGCCGUCAUUUUUGUUACACUUCAGUAUAAUGUUACCAUUCCUGCCACAGAAGAACAAUCUGCAGAAACAAUCUCUCUCUAUUACUAUGGCAUCAAAGACUUGGCUACAAUUUUCUUUUACAUGCUGGUAGCAAUAAUCAUACAUGCUAUAAUUCAGGAGUAUGUACUGGAUAAAAUUAACAGGAAAAUGCACUUUUCAAAAACAAAGCAUAGCAAGUUCAAUGAGUCUGGGCAACUUAGUGCAUUCUACCUUUUCUCCUGUGUUUGGGGAACGAGUAUUCUUGUCUCUGAGAACUAUAUAUCAGAUCCAACCUCUCUGUGGAGGGACUAUCCACACGCUCUGAUUCCGUUUCAAAUGAAGUUUUUCUACAUCUUACAGUUGGCAUACUGGUUUCAUGCUUUUCCAGAACUGUACUUUCAGAAAACUAAAAAAGAAGAUAUCUUUCGCCAGAUUGUCUAUAUUGGACUUUACCUCUUUCACAUUGCUGGAGCCUAUCUCCUGAAUCUGACCCAUCUUGGACUUGUUCUGCUGGUAUUGCAUUACUUCGUUGAAUUUCUUUUCCACAUAUCCCGUCUUUUCUACUUCAGUGAUGAAAAAUACCAGAAAGGAUUUUCACUGUGGGCAGUUCUUUUUGUUUUGGGAAGGCUUCUCACCUUGAUUCUCUCAGUCCUCACUUUUGGCUUUGGACUGGCAAGAGCAGAAGAUCAGCAGCUGAAUUUCAGUACUGGGAACUUUAAUAUCCUGGCUGUUAGAAUCAGUGUGCUGGCCUCCAUCUGCAUGACCCAAGCAUUUAUGAUGUGGAAGUUCAUUAAUUUCCAGCUUCGGAGGUGGAGAGAGCAUUCUUCUUCUCAGCCUCAGUCAGUGAAAAAGAAGUUUGUAUCAGCUAAAGGAAAGACCUCCAGAAAAGAAAGAGAAAAUGGAAUAAAUGGAACAGUGACCUCAAACGGAGCAGACUCGCCUCGCAGCAGGAAGGAUAAAUCCUCGUAAAACUGGGUUUUAUUAAGUUAAUUGACUAAUGUCCCCAAAGAAUCUGCUUUUUACAUGGAUGGCCCUUCAGCACUAGAGAUAUUAUGGAUUAAAGAAAAUGCAAUUCAUGUUUUUUGAUUAUUGCUGUUGUUUUGAGAAACUUUUUUUAAAAAACCAUUUUGACAAAGGAAAAAGGUUUAUCUCUCUUCAAAUACUUGGGGGGAGGAUUCAACACUUUUUAAAACACAUUGAAGCUUUUUUAAAUAUUUACUGUGAUGAAAUAACUUACUUAAUGAGGAUCACUGUUGCAGUGUAUUAUUUCCUUCCAGUUUUUGUAAUCUUGGUGAUACUGUUCUACCAGCUUCACUUUUUCCAAGUUCCUCAAAAAGUAUUGCAAAAUUGAAGUAAAAACAUUGUAUGCAUAUUCAGAUACUCUGGGUUUUCAAUUAAUUACCUUGAUUCAAAUUUACAUUUCAAUUUGGGAUUCCAAGACCACACCAAUAGACCUCUUUAUUUGGUAGUUACUAUAGCUGCACAAUGUCUGCUCUAGGAAUUGCCCCAUAUCAUUAAAACAAAACUGAACUAAUUGGAAACGUUGCAGAGUCUUAUUGUUUGUUGGUUAGAAAUCUCUUACAAGGAACACAACACUUUUUUGAGAUAUAGCUUUUAGCACCUGAAAAUUAGAAGGGAGCGUGUACAGUCAUAGAAAAAGUUGAUUUGAUAGCACUGUCCACUUCUGUCUGUGCUUUUGAGGUGUACGUAUCUUGGAGAAUUGGUGUGCAUUGGACCUUCUUUGAAAACUUGUCUGAUUUUACGGGUGGAGGUUAUUACAAUGUGCUGUGUUUGUUUUGGGAGGCAGUCAAUGCUCCAUGAAGAGGGAAUUAGGUAAAUGGAUCAAGUGAUGAGCAACAUUCCUUUAUUCUAACUGCUUUGCUUUCUUUCACCUCUGUUAGGAAAUAGUUUGAUUUCUCCUAUAUAUAUUUUUAUGAAAAAAAUAUUUAAAAGCUACAGCUUCUUAAAACUGAUUUAUUGUGACCUCUGCUACAACUAGAAAAAUCUAAAUUUAAGAAUUUUUCCAUUAUCUUUCAUAAUUGUAUUCAAUGUGAAACCUUGUCCAGUUAGUUUUCCAGUUUAGUAUGCAGAUAAUGUUUCCUCUGUACACUUUUGUAAUGGGUAUAAUUCAACCUGUUUCACUUGAGAGUAAGUGAGGCAGUUAUUGCAGUCCUAAGAAGAAGUUGCUGAAUUAGUCUGUCAAGUUAACCCAAGUAUUGAACUGCUUAUUGAUUGAGGAGUAAUUAUGAGCAAUCAAGCUGAUAAAUAAAAUAAUUUUAAUUAAAAGCUGUUCUUAUAAUGGAGUUUAUACCGAACAAAAUGAUAAAUCUGCAUUCUGUAUUUUCUACAGUCCAAUUGCUUACUAUUCAGAAUAAACAUUCUAGUACAAAAA